AUGAAUAACUUAAUUAAUUGCGUGCGUCUACAAAGAUUCGCCAACAUCAUGGUUAUACCCAAAAGGACAAUGUUGAAACAUUCAAUAAAUCAUAUUAUGGACAAAAAAGUCUUAGAUAGAUACCUAAGACUUCCAAACGCUUGUAAUAAAGUUAUGGCAACUUAUAUAUGGAUCGAUGGAUCUGGAAUUAAUAUGAGAAAUAAAGACAGAAUUCUUACCUGCGUGCCAUACUCCGCUGAAGCAGCUCCAAGCUGGGCUUUCGAUGGUAGUUCCUGCGGAAUGGCUUCUACAGAUAAUUCAGACACUCAGUUAAAACCCAUAAGCGUGUGUAAAGAUCCAUUUAGGAUGGAACCACAUGUUUUGGUCCUGUGUGAAGUAUAUGAAGGUGGGAGUGGUAAGCCUGCAGCUACAAAUCAUAGGAAUUUUUGCAAUAAACUUUGUGAAAUGCAUAGAGCCGAUGAACCUUGGUUUGGGUUGGAACAGGAAUACACUAUGCUAGAUGUAGACGGCUGGGGCCUGGGCUGGCCUAAGGGUGGUGGUUUUCCCGCAGUUAAAUACCAAUAUUCAUACUGUGGAGUAGGAGCGAAGUAUAUUGCAGGGAGAGAUAUUUCUGAGGCUCACGCAAGAUGUUGCCUUUAUGCUGGUCUUGAUUUUGAGGGAACUAAUGCCGAGGUCAUGUUUGGGUGUUGGGAAUGGCAGAUCGGAACUUCUGUUGGGAUGAAGGGCCCCGAUGAUAUGUGGAUGUCCAGGUUUCUCAUGUCACGAGUAGCUGAAGAUUACGGUGUGGAUAUCACUUACCACCCGAAACCUAUGGGGAUGUUGCAUCCUGGUGUAGGAAUGCAUCAUAAUUUCAGUACAAAACGAAUGCGGUCCGAUGGUGGCUAUCAGUUUAUAGAAGAGUGUAUUAAACGGUUGGAGGCAAACCACAUGAAACACAUGAAAAACUAUGGUAACGAUGAAGCCACCAAUAGGAUGAGACUAUCUGGAAAAUUUGAAACAGCACCAUUUGAUAAAUUCUCAUGGGGGAUAGCCAACAGAAAAGCUUCUAUUCGACUACAAAGGAACAUCAAGAAAAAAGGCAAAGGGUUCAUGGAAGAUCGUAGGCCAGCUGGAGAUUGUGAUCCUUACCUUGUCUGUGGCCUGUUGAUGGAGACCUGCUUGGGAGGAGCCUCUGGUGGUGGUAGUGCUAAAAAAUGCGAUCCAUGCAAGAAGUAA